GUAUGCAAAAAUCAGAAUGGGAGGCUGCAGCGGGGCCUCACACUAACCGGAGCUAGGCGCUAUAGAUCCCGCACCCGCGGAGCCCGGCAACCACCUGAGGGGCCUUGGCCAGGAGGGGGUGGCCCCCCGGCGCCGGCGGCAGCUCCGGAGCAAACCUGGCAAACCCGAGCAGGGCGGUGCGGGUUGCUCAGGGAGAAAAUGAAGGGAGUGAUAGGGUGGGGGUGGCAGGGAACGGGCACAACGCCGGCUUCCUCCGGACGGCCUCCUGCGUCCCACCUGUGCUCCUGAAAAGCGGCCCCCGACAGGGCGCGGCGGGAACCCGAGCCGGGAGUAGGGUCACGAGUUAAAGCGGCGGGGGCGGGAGGAUGCGCGGGCGGCGGACGGGGCGCUCUCCUCCCGUCUGACUCUGGGCGGAGCGGGGCUCGAGGCUGCUGGAGCCGCUCGCUGACUCGCCCUGCGCCCUCGCCGCGGACACCGGAGCUGCGGCCGCUCCCCGCUGUCCCCCAGAGAUGGCAGAUCCUGAGGUAGUUGUGAGUAGCUGCAGCUCUCAUGAAGAGGAAAAUCGCUGCAAUUUUAACCAGCAAACAUCUCCAUCUGAGGAGCUUCUAUUAGAAGACCAGAUGAGGCGAAAACUCAAAUUUUUUUUCAUGAAUCCCUGUGAGAAGUUCUGGGCUCGAGGUAGAAAACCAUGGAAACUUGCCAUACAAAUUCUAAAAAUUGCAAUGGUGACUAUCCAGCUGGUCUUAUUUGGGCUAAGUAACCAGAUGGUGGUAGCUUUCAAGGAAGAGAAUACUAUAGCAUUCAAACACCUUUUCCUAAAAGGAUAUAUGGACCGAAUGGAUGACACAUAUGCAGUGUACACACAAAGUGAUGUGUAUGAUCAGUUAAUCUUCGCAGUAAACCAGUACUUGCAGCUAUACAAUGUCUCCGUUGGGAAUCAUGCUUAUGAGAACAAAGGUACCAAGCAAUCUGCUAUGGCAAUCUGUCAGCACUUCUACAAGCGAGGAAACAUCUACCCUGGAAAUGAUACCUUUGACAUCGAUCCAGAAAUUGAAACUGAGUGUUUCUUUGUGGAGCCAGAUGAACCUUUUCACAUUGGGACACCAGCAGAAAAUAAACUGAACUUAACACUGGACUUCCACAGACUCCUAACAGUGGAGCUUCAGUUUAAACUGAAAGCCAUUAAUCUGCAGACAGUUCGUCAUCAAGAACUCCCUGACUGUUAUGACUUUACUCUGACUAUAACAUUUGACAACAAGGCCCAUAGUGGAAGAAUUAAAAUAAGUUUAGAUAAUGACAUUUCCAUCAGAGAAUGUAAAGACUGGCAUGUAUCUGGAUCAAUUCAGAAGAACACUCAUUACAUGAUGAUCUUUGAUGCCUUUGUCAUUCUGACUUGCUUGGUUUCAUUAAUCCUCUGCAUUAGAUCUGUGAUUAGAGGACUUCAGCUUCAGCAGGAGUUUGUCAAUUUUUUCCUCCUCCAUUAUAAGAAGGGAGUUUCUGUUUCUGAUCAAAUGGAAUUUGUCAAUGGAUGGUACAUUAUGAUUAUUAUUAGUGACAUAUUGACAAUCAUUGGAUCAAUUCUAAAAAUGGAAAUCCAAGCUAAGAGUCUAACUAGUUAUGAUGUCUGUAGCAUACUUCUUGGGACUUCUACCAUGCUUGUGUGGCUUGGAGUCAUCCGAUACCUCGGUUUCUUUGCAAAGUACAAUCUCCUCAUUUUGACCCUUCAGGCAGCACUGCCCAAUGUCAUCAGGUUCUGCUGCUGUGCAGCUAUGAUUUACUUAGGUUACUGCUUCUGUGGAUGGAUCGUGCUGGGGCCUUACCAUGACAAGUUUCGUUCUCUGAACAUGGUCUCUGAGUGCCUUUUCUCUCUGAUAAAUGGAGAUGAUAUGUUUGCCACGUUUGCAAAAAUGCAGCAAAAAAGUUACUUAGUCUGGCUGUUUAGUAGAAUUUACCUCUACUCAUUCAUCAGCCUCUUUAUAUAUAUGAUUUUAAGUCUUUUCAUUGCACUGAUCACUGAUACAUACGAAACAAUUAAGCAAUACCAACAAGAUGGCUUCCCAGAGACUGAACUUCGUACAUUUAUAUCAGAAUGCAAAGAUCUACCCAACUCUGGAAAAUACAGAUUAGAAGAUGACCCUCCAGUAUCUUUAUUCUGCUGUUGUAAAAAGUAGCUAUCAGGUUUAUCUGUACUUUAGAGGAAAAUAUAAUGUGUAGCUGAGUUAGAACACUGUGGAUAUUCUGAGAUCAGAUGUAGUAUGUUUGAAGACUGUUAUUUUGAGCUAAUUGAGACCUAUAAUUCACCAAUAACUGUUUAUAUUUUUAAAAGCAAUAUUUAAUGUCUUUGCAGCUUUAUGCUGGGCUUGUUUUUAAAACAACUUUAAUGAGGAAAGCUAUUGGAUUAUUAUUAUUUCUUGUUUAUUUUGCCAUGGCUUUAGAAUGUAUUCUGUAUGCCUCUCUUUUGCUCUGAUACUCUUGCUUCCUGCUAUUCUGAUUGUGCAGACUGUGUAAUUAGUGGAAAACAAUCCUUGGUCUGACUGUGACUUUGGACAACUCAGUAACCCUGGCUUGGACCACUCUCAGGAGUCCAUCCUUGAGAGAGUGGGUGUAGUUACCAUUUAUACAGUAAUCAUUGCAUUUUAAAAUCUGCUCUUGAAAGGAAGAAUAAGAGUGCACCAGAAUAAGAGCGCACCAGAAUAAGAGCGCACCAGCUAACAAUGUGAUACGGCCAUAUGUCACUUAAGGAUAGAGAUAUGUUCUGAGAAAUGUGUCAUUAGGCGAUUUUGUCAUUAAACAUCAUAGCAUGUACUUCCACAAACCUAGAUGGUAUAGCCUACUACACACCUAGGCUAUUUGGUAUAGCCUGUUGGUCCUGGGGUACAAAUCUGUACAACAUGUUACUGUAUUGAAUACAGUAGGCAAUUGUAACACAAUGGUAAGUAUCUAAACAUAGAAAAGGGACAGUAAAAAUAUGGUUUUAUAAUCUUCUGGGACCACCAUUGUAUAUGCGGUACAUCGUUGACCAAAACAUCGUUAUCCAGCAUAUGACUGUAUUUGGUUAUGAAAGCCAACUGUUACUUGAUUCUGCUUUUAGUUCUUAAGAGGAUCAGGUUUUUAAAUACUCAUUUACAAGUUUUCUAUCCUCCUUCAGUGUUAAAGUAGAAAGUAAAAAGAGUAUCUUAUACAUGCAUGAAAUUAAAGCAUAUACCAAAUGCA